CUUGACACGAAACCAGGGUUUUGAAUCUUUGAUCCGUCAAAAACAAAAUCGCAACAGAAUUAGGGGUUUUGCGAUUUAACCUGUAUAACGAGUAGUGAGCGUAGCAGAUCGGAAUCGGUGUUCGUGUUCGUAGCUCUCAUUUUUCAGAUCUCCGUUUUCCGCCGAGGAAGGAAUGAAUCGUUUGCAAGAAUCUGCUUUCCCUCCACGGAAACGGCAAAAAGUGUCGGAGCCGGUGUUGACAGAUGAAGAGCGGUUACUCUUUAACCUCAUACGAAGCCGGGAAAACAUAGGGAUAUGGACGGGAGACAUGAAAAGAGAAACAAACCUUCCUACUACUGUGGUCAACAAAUCCCUCAAGACACUUAUUUCCAAGAAUAUGAUAAAGGAAGUUACUACGAUUCAAAACAAAGGUAGAAAGCACUACAUGGCAAAAGAAUUUAUGCCUUCCGAGGAAAUCACCGGUGGUCAUUUUUAUAGUGAUGGGAAACUUGAUAUAGAUUAUAUAAACAGUCUAAAAGAUGUGUGUUUGAAAUGCAUUUUCAUGCAGAAAGUUUCCACAUGUGAGGGAUGUUUGGAGUGGAUUAAACGGAGUGGAGUCUUUAAUACUGAAGUCACGACAAAACAAAUGGAAGAGAUUUUGCAAACUUUGGUUUUGGAUGAUGAGAUCACGCAGAUGAUAAGUACUGGAUUUGGGGAAUUUGCAUCUAUUUCUGUUGGCAAAACUUGUUACAUAAGCAAAAGCAAAGGUGGAGUUAGAGGGGAAAAGAAGACUGCUGACUUGACUUCCUUUCCAUGUUUUUCUUGUCAAAGAAUGACCUUUUGUUCACCGGAUGGCACUAUCUCUCCAGCAACAUGUGUCUAUUAUCAGAAAUGGUUAGAUUUCUGAAUGAGUGAAUUACAAGUUUGUUUUUUUAUGACUCCAAGUUUUGACUCUCAUACAACACCUAUUGUGGUUUCUUUUUUUAACUUUAUUGCUCAAUGUAUCUAAGUUAUCUUAUACUGGAAUGUUAUAUUUUGGUGUAAUUUUUUUCUUCCGAAUUAAACUAUUUGAUUCCUAGUUA